AUCCCAUCCUUUUCAAUGUAAAAGAGUGCAUUAUUUUGAUUCCCUUAGAUCUCUUGCUUUUUUCUGUUAUUUGCUGAAGCAAAGGAAGAAACCUCCCCUACCCACACCCACACAAAACACAGACCAGCCCAGCCCUUGGGAGCAGCGCCAUGGCUGGGGCUGCUGAGCAGUGCAGGUCUCAGCAUCGCUUCCUCAGGAAGUCACACUUUGUGAGUCCCAUGUAUGAGACAGAAACACAAAGCAGUUGCCUGAGGUGCUGAAGGGCUGGAGGUUUCCCUGCGCUUUUCCCAGCCUUCUUAAGAAGCAGCGGUUGAAGGUGGCUGUGGGGCAGUGUGGCCAGACUCCCACCAGGCUGGUGGUGCCUCCCUGCACUGUGCCAGCCACCAUGGAGACGCUGUCCCAGGACUCCCUGCUGGAGUGCCAGAUUUGCUUCAACUACUACAGCCCACGUCGGCGGCCCAAGCUGCUGGACUGCAAGCACACGUGCUGCUCGGUGUGCCUGCAGCAGAUGAGGACCAGCCAGAAGGACCUGCGGUGUCCCUGGUGCCGCGGCAUCACCAAGCUGCCGCCGGGCUACUCCGUGUCGCAGCUGCCCGAUGACCCCGAGGUGAUCGCCGUCAUCGCCAUCCCCCACACCUCUGAGCACACCCCUGUCUUCAUCAAACUCCCCAGCAACGGGUGCUACAUGCUGCCCCUGCCCCUCUCCAAGGAGAGGGCCAUGCUGCCGGGAGACAUCGGCUGCCGCCUCCUGCCCGGCAGCCAGCAGAAGUCCUUGGCGGUGGUGACGAUCCCGGCCGAGCAGCAGCCGCUGCAGGGCGGCCUUCCUGCCGAGGCGGGUGCGGAAGAGCCUGACCGCCGAGGCGUGGUGAAGAGCUCCACCUGGUCGGGGGUUUGCACUGUGAUCCUGGUGGCCUGCGUCUUGGUCUUUCUCCUGGGCAUCGUCCUCCACAACAUGUCGUGCAUUUCCAAGCGCUUCACGGUGAUCUCAUGCGGCUGAGGGGUGGGGGGCCGCCCCGGGGUUGCUCACCCAGGGGUUGGGUUGGUGGUGGUAGUGGUGGUGGUGGUAUCGAGUGAGACAAUUCACCGCAGCUUUGGCCGAUGACUGCAGGACACUUUGUUCCCAGGUGGUGGUGCGCCGGCGCAGCCACAGCCCUCGGCAGCCGGUGGAGAAACCUGUGUCCCCUGUCUGGUGGGAACGGCACUGAGGAGGACUGCAUGCGUCACCAUAAUCAUUUAUCAAAGGGACUGUAAUUUACAGCGAUUUCUAUUGUGUUAUGAGAUUAAAGACAUCUGCGUAGCUGGUUAUACUGUAAAGUAUGCGGUAUGAGCUCUUCUCUCACCACGAUAGCUCAAAAUCAGAACUGCUCCAUGUAGAAUUGAAGGAGAAGUGGCCCGUGACUCAGUGAAAAGUGUUCGCUACCAACCCACACGUGUUAUUUUUUAAUUGGGGGGGGAAAGGGGGAGACUUGUAAAACCGAAAUCAUUUAGUUGGUAAGACAUUUUAUAUGUUUUAAACUGCACAUUAAUUAAACUAAGUUAGGGGGUUGUACCAUAGUUUUUAAAAGGAAACAUUUUACAAGCAACCGCUUGGUUCUGUGGUGUGUGGUUUUUUUGCCUCUAUGUUUGAUUUUCCCCACUGUUUUCAACUAUGGGGAAGUGGCGUUUCCAGAAUCUUCUAUUAGAAGGAGGUUCUGAGCAGGGAAGCAAAGUGAGCCUAGGAGGAGUACUUAACAAUGCAGCCAAACGUUUCUGCCUAACCUACUUCACAUGAAGAAUGACUCUGAAUGGUGAACAUUAGUCAUACUGUUUUACCUCUGAUUUGGCAACAGGGCUUCCUGCAGACCUGGCCUUCAUGGCCAUUAGUGAAGAAGUGGGUCAUGAGAAGUCCUAGGAUUCCUUCCUGCAAGGACGUGACAGCAAAUUGUUCUUCCUUUUGUUUUUCUAGAGGUUGGGUUUUCUUAAUUUUUUUAGAAAAAUGGACACCUGUUUUGACUCCCUGUCUCACAGGAGAUACAGCUGCUCACCCAGAGGUGGUGUAAAAAAGAAGUUGCUUUAAGGAAGCCUCACCAUGCCAACAGACCAAGGACCCUUCUGUGUAGUCUUUACGCUUUUGUGUAAGAGGCGGUGACAGAGCUGGAAGAAGAACACAGGCCAACCAAACCCUCUUCUGGGUUGUGCUGUCCCUCCUAAAUCACUGUGGCUGUCCUGGUGUCAAAAUGAGUAGGUGGACAUAAUGGAGACCUUUUGCUACAUUUCAUAUAAAUGUUGGUCUUCGUUGUGACAGAUCUGAAGAAAAAGCACAGGAAAUAUCCCUGUCCACCUAUGAAUGUCCUAAACUCCCAGUUAUUUGCAGUUCUCUACUCAGAAUGAGCCAAAUUCCUGAACCUGCAUUUCAGCAGCACCUUGCUCCACUAGAUUUAGUUAGCACUGUUUGUAGCUUAAAUGGAGCUCUGUGUGAAUUGGUGAGUGUGAAUGCUGAAAUCUGUGUGAGAUUUAAGGAUCAGAUUGAAAGGCACAUAACAGGCCUUUACUAAGACAGAAAAUCCUAUUGAUUAGCACUGGUUCUUUUUGCAAGUACGAAGUACGAGCAAUUGCCUAGGUGUAAUCUCCCUGAAGAGUGGCUUGUCGUCCUCCCAGUGCUCUCUCUAGUAAUUAAUUAGAGAUUGCUCAAGGUUGUAACAGCAGAGAACAUAAUUUUGACUGUACAGUGCCCAGGUUGGCCUUGCAGAUGGUGGUGGUUUUCUGAUUUUGUGUCUGGUUCACAGUAAACAUUCUCAACUAGAAUUUGAAAGAACGUACCUCUGACUUAGUGCUGGAUUUCUUCCCCUUCUGGUUCCCACACCACCAUUUUCUUCCUUAAUUUCUGUUAACUGCAGGAAAGCAUAAACAUAUGGUGCUUAAUUGUUAUGGUAUCUGUAUGGUCACGUUUGGAGAGGAACUGUUGCGCUGAUUUUUUUUUAUCUACUGUCAUAUAUAUUCAUAGCGCAGAAAAAAACAACAACGUAAUCCUCAGAUAACAAAUUCAAUGCCUUUUUUUUGUGCAAGGCGAUGUGCAGUAUGCCUUGAACUUACAAGAACUGUAAUACAUUGACAUCUCUCAGCAGCACGUUUGAUUUGGUUGCAGUAGGGAACGACAGAAAUUCCAGAAUGCGUCUUGUGACUGUGUUAGUCUCUCGUUCCCAGUAGGUAGCCAGGUUUCUGGAGACAUCCAUGCUAUGCUGCUUGUUAUGUGAAGAAAAGCCAGUUCACCAAAAGCUCUUGCCUUUAUAGACUCUUAAGGAAGUGACCAGAUACAGGACUCAGCCCUCUACUGCCUUAUCCCCUGUGGCAAUUCAUGCUUAAACGAGGAGUACAUAGCAUAGCUGGAAGAUGCUCUGAGAACAACGCGGAAGCAUUUUGCAUCAACUUCUGCAUUUGUUUAUCCGAGUUUUUGAUGACUGCAUAAAGACAUGAAGCAGUCAUAGAGCAGGCCUGGGAGAUACGGCAUUAACCCUAACCUCGUGCUGCCUGUACCUGCCCCACUGGAGCUCUUGAGGCCAAGGCUUCUCUGCGUUGCAGAGAAGUUGUCUUGAAAACUGCCCCUUUUCAUCCCCACAUGGAGAGCGCAGGAUGAAGGAGCAAUCAGAAAUUAGGUUAAAAUACCACACUGCAUAACACGUUGUACAACAGGCAGACGUAGAGUUUAUCCGGUGUCAAUGACGUACUAUAUUAACAGAAUACCAUCCUGUAUUACAUAAUGCAGCGGAUUGUUUUGUUAAUACGAAUUUCCUGUACUUUUAUGCCUGCUGAAAUGCAUGUUUGACCUAAUUUCUGAUCCAGACAUUUACCUGCUUACAGCCUUGUGUAAGAGCAAUAAGCAAAACCUCAAGAUUUUUGUCCGCGUGUGUGCGCGUGUGUGUAGUGUGUAUGUUAUUCCUUUUUUUUUUAACAGAAUUGCUAGAGAUGUUUUUGUUCUGGCUUUAGCCUGUGACGAUUAUUUUAAAUGUGCAGCUGCCACAUCAUGUUGGAUCACCUCGCAUUAUCUGCUGACUUGUACAGAAGAGAACUGAAUAGUUUGGUGUCAUGUACAGUGUUAAUGUUUCUCAAGUAUGUCAAUAGUCAUCCUGCGUUAAAAAUGCAGUGCAGUCUGUCCCAUUCCACGGUCCAAUUCCUGGCACUGAAAAGUGAUACUGCUAUAAACACAGUUUGGAUCAGUUUUGUUUUUUUUGUUUUUUUAAAAAAGCUUCCUUGUCUUUGUAUGUUUUCGCUAUGGAGACGUUUGGACUUGUGUGAAAAUCAUCCACUUCUGCGCUAAUUUUUGUUCCCUGCUGUCCAGUAAGAAGUCAAAGUCACUGCUGAGUUCCACCAAACAAAAAAGACAAAGAGACUUAACUGUGACUCGAGUGCUGUCUGAGCAGCCAAAAAUUAGAUGGAAAGCAGUUGUGGGAAAUUCCAAAUGCACCUGCAUUUUUAGAACAAAUUGCUCUGUGAAUGUGUAUUUAAUAGCUUGUUUAAUGGGAAGGAUGUGUGCAUUGGGGUCCAGCUUCUUUGUUAUCCUGGAGGGCCCUGACUUCCAUUUUUGGCUUGUGCUUUCCUGGCAAACAGAUUUUAGGAUUCACUCUGUGAAAUUUGGCUUAGUGAAUUUUAAAAAUUCAAAAUAUGCAAUUUUGGUAUGCGGGAUUUCUUUUAGGAAAUUGUGUUCAGUGAUUCUUCAUGCUUAACCAUGAUGUAAAGGAGUCUGAAUGUUUUGUGAACAUGGAGCAAUCAUGAGUCCAAAGUUUCAUCUUUAUUAAUGAAGCUCAGUCUGAAUAAAACAUUAGCAGGAAAAGAAUGAUACCAAAUGAAUUAUGGUACCUCUGUUACUUUGCCAUCAAGAACAUGGAUGGGAAUUUGGCAGAAUUACUGUUUUUUUUUUAUGAGGGGUUGGCUGAAAUUCGAUUCUUAGUGUUUUAAGGCAAAGUGUUAAGUGUGGGUUGUAGUAAAUGAUAAAAGGAUUUUCACAUUUAAUUACCAUGCAGUAUGAAAUUAGAGCUGAAGACUACUAAGCCAUGCAGCAGAUUUUUCUGAUUAAUCAGAUGAUUUAAAAGUUUUAAGUACACUUUGUGUUCAUGGAAAUGAGGGUCUGUUGGCCUUGACUUGACAUGCAUUGCAAGGAUGAGCACCCUGCUCAGCCCUCCCAGUCAUGGUAAUGCCAUGAGCCCUGGGCCGCCUUUGUAAUAGGUCUUCUGGAACAAGGAUGACUGACUUUGUACUGGUUUUGGUACAUUCAUAAUGUACCAAAUAUCAUCACAAUGGGGCUAAAAUCAAAGAAAAAAAAUAAUACACAAUUUCCUUAUUCUCGUUGCACAUAAAGUGUGGCAUGAGAUUUGUAUUUUUCCAGACUUCUUCUAUGGAUGGAUGAGGGCAAAGCAGGGAUGAAGGGAGGAAGAGGUUGCAUGGGAGCAAAUGAGUCCCAGCAUCAUCCAGGAGGCUGUCGAAGUAUCAGUUGGCCCUGGAGGCAGUGUUUUUGUGCAAGAGCUUCUGCAGGGUGAGAUUGCCUGGCAAUGCUGCAGUGGAUUUACAGCAUGUUUUAGUGACCUUUCACAUGCUGUAUGCUGUCCGUGGGCCUGACAGCUGGGGCUGUUCUGUUCUUUCUCUUUGUCACUUUGCCUCUUGCAUGCUUGUGUCAACAAACAAAGCUGCUUGCUUCAUCCUCAAGUCAAUGAUUUUGCAGACGUUUCUAAAGUUGCCUUGAGCAUCUUUAAUGAAAAAAAUUACCUUUGAAGUUCAGUGAAAUUUAAGGCUUAAUAAGUGCAUUUUUUUCAAGCGUUUCCUUAUGCUUCAAUAAAUUCCCAGUUCUAAGUAAUUCCUAUAAUUUUUGUGAUAACAAGUUCAUAUACAUCUAAAGCAAUUCAGAGAGAAUAGGUAAGAUCCACAGCCAGAAAAAAAUACUUCCUAUCCUUCCCACAGUGCCCUUCAGAUCUGCAUAAGCCUCUUUCCCCUGUCCUCAUUUGUACCAUCCUGAGGCACAUAAGCAUGGCAAUGAGAUGGGGACUUGUGGGAAUGCACUGAGCCCCUGCAUGUAUGAGCACAGAGAUAACUGAAAAGCUUGAUGAGUGGACAGGGAAUACUUCAGGGUGCCAGUGCAUUGCUGAAGCUCAGUACAAGCUAAACAGAAGUUCAACAGGAAGAAGAUGGGAUAAAAAAGAAGCAAAGUGCUGAAUGCUCAGUGUGUGCAGAUCUGUUGCACUGUCGAAAACAAAAGCCUGUUUUAGUUGCAUGUGUGUUGACUGAUCUUAAGAAAAGCAGGUGGCCAUCUCCCAGGACAAAUCAUGAAGUUGGUAAUGAGAGUUGUUAAUUCCAAACAGCUGAGGAUAGGAUUUACUGAACCUCUUAGACCUGAGAAGGUAUAAACAAAAGAAGCAGCUAUUUUGUACUGCUACUGUACUUAUGAGAUAUAAAACGGGAGGAUCAGAUGAACGGUCUGUGACCUUCUGCUUUGGUUCUUGGGAUGGAGUAAAUAGAUAAAUUGAGAAACUCGACCUUCUUGCUCAAGGUUACUGGUUCACCCAUCUUGAGAAUGAUGAAAGGAUGUGCGUGUGCUGUCACCAUGCUGAUUGGUUUUGGAAUUGCCCCAUAGGCCUCUGUGUGCACUGCCCAGACCUGAAGCAUUGGUGUUUGCGUGUGCUUAAGAGGGUAAGAAUGUGCCUCAAGAUCUGGGGGGAAAAAAAAAAAAAUCCACCCCCUGCAAGGUGCUUCAGCG